UCAGUUAACGCGAGACGCAACGCGCGCAUCGCGGUUGACGCCCGUCGGGCGACGCAGUAUCUCCGUCAGACGCGCGACGUUAACAAAAUGGCGAGGCGGUUAAGGAAUCCAGAGCUUGUUACCAGAUUGAUUGAAGAAAUCGAGAGCCGACCAUGUCUCUGGCAAGUUAACCACCCAUACUACCACAAUAGAAAGAAAAUGAAUGCAGCUUGGCAAGAGAUUAGCGAGAAGUUAGAUAUUCCAGUAAACACGAUCUAUUUAAAAUGGCAAACUUUACGGCGUUUCUUUACAAGAAUGUUAAGGAUGGAAAAUAUAAAGGAUAUCCAAGAAUAUAAAGGUGGAUGGCCACAUUUUAAAGCGAUGUGGUUCCUUUACAAACAAAUUAUGCUAGGAAAAGGAGCCGACAGAAACGAAGAUGCGUUUUGGCCAAGUAUACCCGAUAGUUGGGAAGAAGCGAUGCUACGAAGUAUCCCCGAUAAUUGGGACGAAACUAUGCCACUAAGUAUCCCCGAUAAUUGGGAAGAAGCAAUGGCUCGAAAUAUAUCCAAUACUUUGGAAGAAGCGAUGCCUCGAAAUAUCGCCAAUAGUUUGGAAGAAGCGAUGACGGAAAGUAUCCCCGAUAGUUGGGACGAAGCUAUGCAGAGAAGUAUCCCUGAUAGUUCGGAACGAGCGAUGCCAGGAAAUAUCACUAAUGGAUGUGAAGAAACGAUGCUACGAAGUAUCCCCGAUAAUUGGGAAGAAGUGAUGCCGCGAAAUAUCGCCAGUAGUUGGGAAGAAGCGAUGGCGGAAAGUAUUGCCGACAGCGGCGAAGACGUGGCAACUGAGGGAGGUGAAGUCGUGGUGAAGUAUAGGCCCAUACCGAUGAAACACGAUGAGAUAUCUUUUGCUGUCCAGUCUAACCUGACCCCGGCGAAUAGUCGACGGGAGAGUUCCGACGAAGAUUUCGAUGAAAUGUUUCUCUCGUCGCUAACGCCGUACUUUAAGCACUUAGAACCGGUUAGGAGAUUAAGAGUGAGAAGUAAAAUACAAGAAUUGUUAAUACAUGAGCUUAAUGAUCAAACGAAUAGCACAUUAAAUUAGAUAAUUAAAAACUGUAAAAUUUAAGAUUACGUGAAAUCCUUGUACCUAAACGUAUCUGUUAUCAGAAAAAUAAGAUGUAAGGCUUUAUGCAGUAAGCAGUUAGGUUUAACUUAGCGUGAUUUCUCCUAUUUAUUAAAAAAAAUACAUUCCAUGUUUGCAUAAUAUUAUUACAUUACUCUAAUGUAUUAAUAAACUUGAGCUAUUAAAAUUGUUUUGUUAUUUGAUACAAACAUAGAAAAGUGUGACUUGGUCUAAUAGUUUUUCAGUUGUUGGUAAAUCUUACUUUUUGCUAAUAUUAUAAUUGCGAAAGUUUAAAUAGAUGGAUGUUUGUUAAAGUUGG